GCGAUGCUGGUACAUUUCUCAGUGGUGACAGAGAGAAGACGACUUGUCAACAUGUCUAGCAGGGCAGAAGACACUUGUAGAGGAAGUGUUGCGACGGACAGUAAAACAGCAACCGACAGGGCAGCAUGCACGGAAAACCUGACAGAGACUGAUGCUUUCAUCAGCGGCUCUUUAGGUUUCGAUCCUGAUGAGGAGUACAAAAUGAACAACAAGAGAAGAGGUCUUGCACUCAUCUUUAACCAGGAGCGCUUCUUUUGGCGCUUAGGUUUAAAUGACAGACAUGGGACUAAUGCUGAUCGCUUCAAUCUGGAGAGAAGGCUGAAAGAGCUAAACUUUGAAGUCAAGACUUAUGAGAACUACAAACAGGUGGAAGUUUUAGAUAAAAUAAAUGAAGCUGCAGAGGCAAACCAUUCAGACGCAGACUGUUUUCUACUCGUCUUUUUGAGCCAUGGGGAAAAUGAUCAUGUUUACACUUAUGAUGGCAAGAUCAGCAUUCAGGACAUCACAGCCCUUUUCAAAGGAGACAAAUGCAAAAGCCUUGUUGGCAAGCCGAAGAUCUUCAUAUUACAGGCAUGCCGAGGAGACAAGCAUGAUGAUCCAGUGACUGCCUGUGACGCUGUGGACAGUGAAUUGAAGACAAAUGAAGUUGUAGUGGAUGCCAGCGCUGUGCACACUCUCCCUGCUGGAGCUGAUUUCAUCAUGUGCUACUCUGUGGCUGAAGGUUACUAUUCCCACCGGGAGACCAUAAACGGCUCGUGGUACGUCCAGGAUCUGUGUGAGCUGCUUAGGAAGUAUGGAGAGUCCCUUGAAUUCACAGAGUUACUCACUCUGGUCAACAGGAAAGUAUCAAUGAGGAGUGUUGGGAACAGCAGUGACAAGACCUCUAUCGGGAAGAAGCAAGUACCCUGCUUUGCUUCAAUGCUCACCAAGAAACUCUACUUCCGACCAAAAAGUGACAAAUAGAGCCUUUUCAAAAUGUUAAAAAUUAGCUGGUUUUAUCUUAAUUAUUGUUGGGUUUUAAGAAAUUAUGCUUUUAUGUAUUUCUUUAGCCUGCAUUUGCUCAUGAACACUAUAAUUCAAUCAUGAACACUACUUUUCACAAAAGCAUUGAACAAUCAGACAGUCGAGUAUUUACAGGGGUUAUAAAACAACAGGAAAAACAUGUUCCUAAAAAUAUGAAUAUCCCCGGCCUUUAUUCCUGAAACCUCAUCUCCUUAAAAAUAGUGGUUUCGGUUUUUCAUUGUGUUCUCAAAAAGAGCUCCUGGCAGGGUGAAAAUGUGGUUGAUGUAUCCGACUUUUGCAUUUCCAUAACAAAGACUGAACACCAGGAAAACAUCUGUAGCCGUAUUACACUGCAGGGUAAAAGGAAGUGUAGUAAAACAUGAUGCAGGCCUGGCUCCUUUGACCCACUGAACCUGGUUUUGCAUGAUUAUCCUGGCUCUUGUAUGAAUAUGGACAAAAAGUAGAUAAUGCAAUCUAAUACGUUCACAGCUGGGCAAUGAUUCAGUUGGACCAAUUAUACUUGCUUCUAAAAGCCACAUUUUUGCAUUGAUAAAAGUACAGUGGUUGGCAAGCUCACCUAUUAUUAAUUCUCAAUGUUAAGAUUUAAAUCUCAGGAACUUGUGCAUAAAGUGCUCCCGUUACACUGCAACAUUAUGAACUUGAGAGGAACUCGGCCUUUGGGGGAAACAGCAGAGGAAGUACUUCACACAACAAAUGUUUCAUUUAGUUAAGUGCGACUAGUGUUGAGAUGAGAUGCAUUACAAUCCAGCAGGCCUACCACCUCAGCACAGCAUAUUUCAGUAGACCUGAAUGUGGUUUCACAUAUAGUCACCCAAGUAUGAACCCUGGAAAUGGCCAAAGACAUCCAAAUUGUAGCUAUCUUGUUUGAGUUGGAGACAUGGUCCAACUGGAUUUUUUAGAUCUCCCUAAGCUGCAUCUGCCCAAUAAAUUUCACAAAUCAUGGCAAAACUACCUUUCAGCAUGAGUUCUGUGAAAGCACAGGAGUUUGCCCUUUAGAGCAAAUUCCACACGCCUGUUUCUGAAAUCUGUACCAACCUUGCAUUUUUCAGAGAUCCAGGUGUGGUAGUUUUCAUGCAAAUCAGUGCAUGUUUAACACCUCAAAAAUUGGCAGAAGUGGUUGAAGAAAAAAAAAACAAAUGCCUGUGAUUACAAUAGGACUCUUGCCUGAUCAGGCCCUAAUAUUUCAAGCCCAUGGUUUUUGGUGUUUUUCAAUGGACUGCAUUGUCCUUUUUCUGUUUUUAUUGAGUCCUAUAUACAUCUGCUCUUAAGUAAUACAAUCAGCUGAAUAUCAGGGACCAUAUACUGAAAAUGUCUUAGCAUUUUUAUCUAAUUUUGUCUUUCUUGUUUACUUUGAUAUCACACAAACCCACCUUAUCCGGCAGCUGACUUUAUAUUGUUAUAGGCCCAUUAGAAAGUAGAGGUUGACAUUUGUAGUAGCAGAAAUGUUUCCACAUGGCAGAUUUUAUCUGUUGAGUUCAUUGAAAAUGUUAGGUGAGUCUGGUUCUCUAGAUUGUUAUAAAAGCUAAAGAAAAAUGUUAAAGCCAGACAUUUGCAUUCCUUCUGAAUAUAUUUUGCAAUGCAGAUAGUAGCUAGAUGCGUAUGUUCCUUAAAGAGUUCAUGAUCAAGUAGCACCUCUUAUAAAAGAUAGUACAGACACUACAAUACACACUGUUUGUCUUAAAGCUCACUCCAUCAAAAAGGGAAUUCAUGUUUGUGCUGUUCUUUGUGUUGUGGCAGUUUACAGUACCAAAUAAAAAUGCGUAUUUGCACCAAAAAUGGCAACAAACCCCAGAAUUGAAAGUGGUACCUCAGGGAGAUGGGGUAUUUUAAAAGCUGUACUGUGCACCUGAAACACUACUUGCUGUGUCAUAUGAUCUAUAACCAAAGUUCAACUUGACUGUGUAUGUAAACAUACUGUAUGGCUCAGGAAAAACAUAUCUGCUGACAUCAGUCCUGUGUUUUUGUGGUCUUAUGGUUGUGUUAAUGUACAAUAAAAUCAG